UAACGAAGAUCUAUGGUUCGAUUAGUGCACACUAGACUUAAUUUAUGUCUACUUUUAUUACUUAUUGUUAGUCGUUUUGUUCUGACAUUUGACUCUAUUUGGAAGUUUGUUAAAAACAAUCAACGUAAUUUUAACAAUUAUAGUUAAUUUAAGAAUUUUCCAUUUUAAAAUAGAAAGUUUUUUUCUUUCACCAGAAAAAAUGUAUUACUUUGUCAUAUUUUUAUAUAUUAUUUUGUCUCCUUUUGCAAACUGUUUUAUGAUACUCGAAAACUUUACAAGUGAUAACGUGAAGAAAAUUUCUCAAGCACCAAAUGUCAAAGAAUUUAAUAUACCCUAUGACAACGAUGACGUUGAACAUUAUUUGCAUCCUGGUGAUGAAUUUUUAAUUGGAAGGAACGCAGAAGUUUGGACCGCAAAUCCUGAUAAUGAAUCACCUUAUGGUUUUCAAUUUCAACUUAUUCCAAAUGCAUUGGAGGAUUUAAAUAAGGAAUUUUAUCUUGAUGAGGAAAAUAAGGCAGCUGUUUAUACAACGGUAGACGACCAUGGGAAUACACUUGUGGAUGGCACAGGUGACGAUCAUAUCACAAUAUAUACAAUUCCCAAAGAAGAUUUGUCAGAAACGACAUUUCAAGAAGAAUCUAAGCCACGGAAAAAUUAUGAAAAAACAAGGCGACUUAAUAAUUUGAAAAAUAGAUGGAAAAUAGCCGACAAAGACAACCGAAGAAAAGUCGUUGUAUAUCCAAAAAAAAGAAAAUUAAUAUCAACAAAAAUUAUUUCAAAUGAUGUCGAGAGAGACGUUGCUUAUCCGGAAUUAUUAGUUUUCAUUGAUGAAGCUCUUUUUUUGAAAUUUAACAAAAGCGUUCAAGAUACAUUGAAAUACGUAACAACUUUUAUGUACGGAGUAGAUUUACGAUUCAGAGAUUUAGAGGAUCCAAAAAUUAGGUUAAGAAUUAAAGGAAUCAUUAUAAUUAAUGGUCCGAUAACAACCAUGUUGCCACGUUUUAAUGAUAAGAAUCCAACUGCAUCAAUCUAUGUAAAUGACUUUGGGCGAUAUUUAGCAAAAAUAAACAAUAAAUUUAAUUACUCACACUAUUACGAUACAGCUUUACUUAUAACUGGUUUGGACCUGAAAAUACAAAAGAAAAUAAAAGGCCAAAUAUAUAAACGAAACUCUAGUGGCAUCUCAUUUAUAGCAGGAGCGAGUAAAAAAGACAUAGACACAUUGGAUAAAGCCCCAAUGUUUAGAGGUGCUUCUAUUGCAACUGACAAUGGUGGAUAUUAUGGAAUUAAUAUAGCAGCCCAUGAAUUGGGUCACAUGUUUGGUGCAUUUGACGAAAUGGAUUCUGGAGAUGCAACAUGUCCAGGGGAUGAGAAUGCCUACAUAAUGGGUUACAACGGUAAAAAGAAAAACAGAGUAAAAUUUUCACCAUGCAGUAAAGAAAAAAUUAAGGAAUAUUUACGAUCAGGAAAAACGGAAGGUCUUUACAAUCUUCCACCUGAAGAUAAACCGGUGAAUGUGCCAUUGCCCGGCAAAGUGAUGUCAAUGGAUGAACAAUGCUUAGUAGGAACAGGAACCAAAUUUUGUCAGGCGAAAAAGGAUGAUCCAUUAGUCUGUUCAGUGCUUUUUUGUGAGCGACUGCGUGAUCAAGGUUGCUCGAAAGCUUUUGCUCCACCAGCUGAAGGAAGUCCCUGCGGUGAUAAUAAAAUUUGCAUAAAUGCGGAAUGUGUAUAUUUUGUUGAAGGAAAAAACAAUUUAAAAAUACAACAAAAAAAUAUUUGGUUACAUCCUUACUAAAAAAAAGACGCCUUUCCAAAAUUUGUGGCAAUUACCAGAAUUUCUAAACAGUGCUCUUAACUGUUAAGAAAUCUCAAAAAUGAGUUUUUGUUAUUUCAUUUUAUAUUAUUAAACUAUUUUAUUUUAUUAUGAAUUUAUAUUUUUGCACGUAUUUAUGGUUUUAUUUAUAUUUGUAAUAUUUUGUCUAAUAUUAAUAUUAAUAAUAUUUAAUAUUUUUCGUUAAA